AUGUCGACCAACCAGAAGAAUACCGCUUUGGAGAAGAAGGAUGCCGUCGUGCCCGCCUCUGACGGCGAGGCAGCUCCUUCUAACGCCCGCUUCUUGGGUGAAUGCGGGAGCAUUGGCUUUCUCCCGCUUCUUGAGCCUUCCCCCGCUAAAGAGACUAAGACUGCAGAGAGCGACAUCUUUGAUCAGGCCGGUAGUUUGAAGGACUGCCCCGGAGCUUUCCCUCAGCCACAGGAAGAGAGUCUCAGGGAAGAGAGUCAUAAGGAAGACGAUAUCUUUGACGCAAAUGGUGGUCUCAAGAAUUGUCCUGGUGUGUUCCCAGCGGAUGAGCCUGAGGAUAGUAAUGAGGCCCCCAAGGCGGAGAACCAGGUUGGGCGGAAGGAAUUGGACAGGCACAAGGGGAAGCAAGAGUAA